UGGGGUGCUGAGUGCGUGUGAAGUACUUGCAUUGAUAACCUCCAGCUCAGAGUCCCUCAGUCUCACUCUGACUGUGGCCAGGAACUCCCCGGGUGCGUACGUCUGUCAGUCUCAGCUCAAACGUCGUCCUCGCUUGCCGCCAUGACGCUCACGCCGCCGCCGCCGCUGCUCCUGGCGCUCAUGCUGGCGCUGACUGGUGCGCAGGCCACCGUGGAUCGCCGCACAGCCGCCGCCAUGGCGGCAGGGCUUUGCAAGACGCGCCCCACCGACCUGGUGUUCAUUGUGGACAGCAGCCGCAGCGUCCGCCCCUCAGAGUUCGAGCAGGUCAAAGUCUUCCUGGCCAAGGUCAUCGAGGGCCUGGAUGUGGGGCCCAACGCCACCCGAGUGGGCGUGGUCAACUACGCUAGCCGCGUCAAGAAUGAGGUAUCACUGAAGACACAUCGCACUAAGGCCGGCCUGAUCAAGGCGGUGACCAAAGUGGAGCCCCUGUCCACGGGCACCAUGACUGGUCUGGCCAUCCAAUUUGCCCUCAACGUGGCCUUCAGCGAGAACGAGGGCGCCCGCGCCAAGUCUCCUGACAUCAGCAAGGUGGCCAUCAUCGUGACGGACGGCCGCCCCCAGGACAAUGUGAAGGACGUGGCCCAGCGGGCGCGCGACGCGGGCAUCGAGAUCUUCGCCAUCGGCGUGGGCCGCGUGGACAUGAGCACGCUGAAGCAGAUGGCCAGCGAGCCGCUGGACGACCACGUGGACUACGUGGAGAGCUACAGCGUCAUUGAGAAGCUCACCAAGAAGUUCCAGGAGGCUUUCUGCGUGUCGGACCUGUGUGCCACCGGGGAUCAUGACUGCGAGCAGGUAUGCCUCAGCUCACCCGGAUCAUACAAAUGCGCCUGCAAGGAAGGCUUUACCCUCAUGGACGAUGGCCGCAGCUGCAGCGCAUGCAGCAACUCGGCGACGGACGUGGUCUUCCUGAUCGACGGCUCCAAGAGCGUGCGUCCCGAGAACUUUGAGCUGGUCAAGAAGUGGAUCAACCAGAUCGUGGACAAGCUGGACGUGUCAGACAGCAAAGCGCACGUCGGCCUAGUGCAGUACUCCAGCCUGGUCCGACAGGAGUUCCCGCUUGGCCGCCACAACAACAAGAAGGACCUGAAGGAGGCGGUGAAGAAGAUGGCCUACAUGGAGCGAGGGACCAUGACCGGCCAGGCCUUGCGCUAUCUGACCGACAAGAGCUUCAGCGUGGGCCACGGCGCCCGACCCGGCGUCUCCAAGGUGGGCAUCGUCUUCACGGACGGACGCAGCCAGGACUACAUUGGCGACGCCGCCAAGAAGGCCAAGGAGAUGGGCUUCAAGAUGUACGCCGUGGGAGUGGGCAACGCGGUCGAGGACGAGCUGAAGGAGAUCGCUUCGGAGCCCAAAGGCGAACACUACUUCUACACGGCAGACUUCAAGGCCAUGACGCAGAUCGCCAAGAAGCUGCAGAUUAACAUCUGCCAAGAGGACGACCCAUGCGAGUGUGACUCCCUGGUUAAGUUCCAGAAGAAAGUAGAAGAAGCCCUGCAAGUACUAACGAAGAAAAUAGAGAAUAUGUCCAAGAGGAUCGCUCUGCUGGAGAACAAAAUCGUCUGAGGACUUGCGUCACGUAGUUCCCCAUUAAACCCUGCGGCCCCCCAAGUCCAAGCACCGGUUGCCAUGGAAACUGUGCCUUUGUAAAUACAAGUCUUCCCUCAUAGGGAAACCACAGAUGGUACCCUCACCCCCCAAAAGUAGCACUUUCACUUUAAAAAAAAAAAAAUCUGUCCUAUUUCUCACCCCCUUCUGUUCUUGUAUAUAAAAUAUUUAAAAUACAAGAAAAUGAAGAGAAAGAUUUGUAUAAUAAGGGUACAACCAUGGUGUUUAUUUUCCUAAAUAAAAAGAAUUUAGGAAGUAAAUCAAAAAUUGUAUUUCUUUCCCCCCCUCGUCAUCAUUAUUGACGCUGAAGGCACACUUUACAAACUUGAUUUCCCAAAACGUGGUCUAUCAGGACUUCAAGGACCCCUCAGUUCAGUCCGUGUCUCUUGGUUUUUGGAUAUGACGUUUGGAAUAAGCUAUUACAAAAAGAAAAAUCGUGAAUGGAUUUCGUCUGAAUAUAAUCAACAGUAAGAUUGACACGGUACAGACAAAGUGUAAUGGUUUGGUUUUCCUUUUUUAUUUCUUUUACGAGACAAAGAAUAUGGAUAGUCUUUGAUUUGGAUUCCCGGAAGUUAUCAGGACAGCAUUUCUCAUAAUGACCACAAGAUGGCGACAGCGUGGCGCUGGAUGAUGAUGAAAAACGCCUUAUACAUGGUUGUUUUUUAAUGUAAAAAAAACCCCACCUUA